AUGACCGAAGCUGAUACAAUCCAAAGUGGCUUUCUCAAACGGUUAUUUACGUCAAAAGUUGUAAAUAUUACAAUUAACACACUAUGCCAGACUGAAAAUGAUGUGGCAUUAAUACGGUAUGAUGAAAGUAUUGAUGAUGAUCUUAAAGAUUCGUUGGGUAAAAUAAAUAGCCAUGUAACUUGCCAGUUGACAACAUUCAGUUGGUUUUGUCAACCAAUAAAGGCUAUAAGAGAUUUAGAAAAGGAUUCACUUAAUUUUCUGUGGUAUCAAUUACUGAGAGAUACUUUGCUAACAAUCGAUAAAAGCGAUGGGCAAGUAAAACAAGAAUUAGUACAUAAAUGUCGACAAUAUUAUGCACUGAAUAAAGCUCAGUUAUCAAAUAUUGAUAAAUUUGAAAAGGAAUAUGAAUCGACAAAAGUCAUUCAAUGGUAUACAAAAAAUAGUUUUCUAUUUCAUCUCAUCAAACGACCAUUGAGAACAGAGGACAUCGAUGCACUUUUAUCAUUAGGAUUUUAUAUUACUGAUCUUUGUCUCCACCUGAAAAAUGUUUGUGAUCAAGAAAGAGAAUAUCACGAAGACAUUCUUCAGGUCUACCGAGGACAAACAUUAUCAACAGAAGAAAUUGAAAAAUAG